CAGACGAUUAGUAUUUCAAGUCUAGUUCGAUUCAGGCAAUCGAGGUGAUCACAAGUGUAGCGGAAAGAACGAGAAUGAAGUACUCUAAUCUUCUGGCAAUCUGUGCCAGUUUGCUGCUCCUAAAACUGGAGACAGCAGCAACAACAGCCGCAGUUGGGGAACCCAGUCAGGAGCUUAUAUAUGCGGCCCAGACUAUAGGAUUAGAUGAAGUUGGCUUGCGUGAAUUGUGGCGCACCAGGCAGCCGCUGGUUGUUAGAAAACAAAGUGACGCCGGUCAGCUGACUACGGAGACCUUUGAACUGAGCCCGGAUGGCCGAUCGAUUGCAAGGAAGCGGCUUAUAGAGGGAUCAUUGCCUGCCAGGCUGGAGGACAAUUCCAGCUCUAAGCCCCAAGAAGACUGGGAGUAUGUGCCAAAUUCCGUCAGCCAGCGUCGUCCCAUAGGAGAAUCUAAUUUCGGAAUAGGUAAUUUCGAUACCAAUAUAUUUGGCACGGGUUUUUCCAGGCCCUCGCUCUUUCCCAACUGGGAGGUGCCAACCGGAGUGACGCCGGAAGUGAAAACCAAGACGGAAGUGGACAAUUUGGGACGAAAGGUGACCACCACAACAAGAACUUAUAGCGGCCGAGUUGUGCCGGGAAGUAAUGUGUUCGAGCAGCUGUUUCCCGAUAUAUCGAGGGAACCAGGUCCAAUAAACCCCGACUUUGCCCAAAAUCCACCCUUGGGAGCAAUUCCAGCAUCCCGUCCUGGUCCAUUUGACUCCAGUUCUGGACCAACACUCCGCCCAAGUCAGAGGAUACCUUACUAUGUUCCCGUAGUAGACCCGCCCACCACAAAGCGAACUCUAGUUCCACUUCCCACUCUGCCUCCUCCAGAAGACGACGGUACGGACAAAGUGAUAGAUAAUUUUUUGGCCAAGCUUGAUAUAAAACCGUCGGACAUUGAAAAUGCAAAUGGCGAAUUGGUCAAGACAAUUGUGGAUAAAAAUGGUCGAGUUUUGACUGUCAGAUUUGUACUGAGCACAGUAAAAGGUCCUGAAGAAGAGCCCAAGCAGCAACCCACCAAGUAAACCCAGCACUUAAGAGUUCAAUUAAAAUUUCUGAAGUAAAUAAUAGAAUAUUUUGUAAACACUGAUUGAAAAACCAAAACGCACUUCAAUAAAAAGCUUAUCAGCUGGGGCUAAACCCAGCCAUUAAAA